AUGGAUGAGAAAAUCAGUGCAGAGGAUGUUCUCAUCCACAUGAAACUGAUGAAGAAGAUGCUUGAAGGAGUUGGCAUCGUGGUUCAAGUUGUUCCACUAAAUCUGAAGGAAGAUGACCAAAGCUCUGAACAACCAAGCAACCCUGCGUUGAAGGAAGAUGACCAAGCAAAAAAAGAUCUUUUGGUUCAAGAUCCUGGAGUUGGUAUCGUGAUUGAAGCUGUUCCUGCCUUGGUUGAUCAUCACGUUGGAGCUGGUGAUAAUGCAACAUUGCCCACUGAACACAUGAUGAUCAAUUUUGUCUCAGUCAACCUUGAUCAUCAAGCAAAGGCUUUCCAUGAGCUCUCCUUCCUUCUUGGUGCUGAGCUAGGACUUCAGAUCUUGGAGACUAGUUCCUUUGCUUCAGAGGAUGGGCUUUCCUUGGAUGUCUUCGUUGUGGAUGGUUGGUCUCGAGAGGAAUCACAGAGACUAGAAGACGUACUAAGGGAUGAAAUAAUUAAAUUUGAGAGCAGAAAUAUCCUGGGGCAAUCCGUUUUCUCGAGGAUCUUCUUCGACAGCUACACGCCUAAGUUUUCCAACAGGAAGCCUAAUAAGGCAAGCAUCUUUGAUGCUCCUGUAGAAUCACUGAGGAAGCAUUUAGUUGUUGGCUGCUCAGAGAGGCUCUUCAACAAGCUUUAUGGACGAGCAGAGGAGGACCCAUCUUUUGCUUUGAAGCUCAUCAGAGGUGCUUCUUUCAUCCAGAGGAACAAGGCUCGGCUCAUGAGCAAACUUCUCAAGGACAAGAGUUGUGAGUACACUCACACCAGAGCAUUCAACAAGAAGUUUGCUGCUCUCUCUGUAGCCAAAGCAACAGCUACACUCGCUGUGGCUGCCUUGUUUGGAGUGUUUGCAGUGGGAUCUGGCAUCAUUCCAGCUAUGGAAGAGAAGGAAGACAGAGCUCUACAGUUGCAGGAGGUUAAGGAUAGCUUCAAUGAUAAGUUGGCUGGGUAUUACAAACAAUCUCGCAGCUUCUUUCAAGAAGGUCUCAACAGUAACCUGAAGAAGAUGGACUCCAAGUUGGAAGGUCAAAACAUGAAAUACUCCAAGUUGGAAGAAAGAGUUCGAGUCCUAGAAGAAGCUGGUGCCAAGAAAAGCUCUUGGUUUGGAGAAGUGGAAGAAGGUCACAAAGAUGUAGCGUUAGAAGAUGUAGAGCUGGAUGUUAAGAUGAAAAACUACGAUUGGAGGCAAUCUUCUCGGGAAACAUUCUUACACUGUAGGGUCCAGGAGCUUGAGACCCAGUUGGAUAGAGAGAAAGAUGAAUGCAAGAGGAUUACUUCAAGAACGAAGAAAUUCAUGAAAGAAUAUAGAUAUAACAUGUUUCUAUCUUGGACGACGAGGUGGGACGGGCUCAGUUUGAGAGGCAUCUCAAGGCUACUGGUUGUGUGCUGGAACGAGAUGACAGAGCGUCACGCCUAUAUUGAUAUGGCCAUGGUGAAUGCUCAUCUCGUUUACGGAGGGCAACACACAACCAUCAGCCUUGAGAUGCCUCUCAAACUGAGUCCGUCCCACCUCGUCGUCCAAGAUAGGAACAUCUUUACGAUGCUUGAAAUCCCAAUGGAACGGCAUGUUCCCCGAACUCUGGGAGAAUCAACCGGCAACCCAUGGCCAUUUUUGAGAAUUAUGUGA